AGUGCCUGUAAUGCGGUUCAUACCGCUCAUUUUCGUUUUUGGCCUCACUUGGGCCGAUGACGUACGAAUGGACUGUCAUCCGGAACCGGAUGCAACACAACAGAACUGCGAAGCAAGAGAUUGUAUCUGGCAAGAACCACCUGAUCAAGGGCACUCUAUACCUUGGUGUUUCAUGAAAAAAGGAAUCGGCUAUACGAAUGUGUCAACUUCCGGUUCGGUGAUUACAUUGCAAAAGAAAAGCGGGCCAAAAAAUCCAUGGGGUGAAGACAUACAACAAAUCUACAUGACAACUAGUACUUUGGGAAAAACGCUCAACGUCAAAAUCUAUGCACCAUCGAGAUUUGAUCCUCCGGUAGAUCUUCCACGCGCUCCAUCAGUUUCAGCAGACACGCUCCAGCUCGCAACGCACAAUAUCAACGAUGUGUUUGCUUUCACUGUGAUUCGAAAAUCAACUGGACGACGACUUUUUGAUACGAGUUUAGGUGGACUAAUUUUCUCUGACAAAUUCCUUCAAAUUGCCACCUAUCUGCCCUCUGAUGCAAUGUACGGUUGGGGAGAGAACGUUCACUUGUCGCUGAAGCACGAUUUCUCAACCUACACGACAUGGGGUAUGCUAGCAAGAGAUGAACCUCCAAGUUCAUAUGGACUGGUAACUAAAAAUCUAUAUGGUGUUCAACCUUUUUACAUGGUCAUGGAACCAGAUGGUAAUGCACAUGGUGUACUCAUUUUAAACAGCAAUGCUCAGGAAGUGACAACCGCUCCGGGACCAGCACUGAUCUAUCGUACAAUCGGGGGUAAUUUAGACCUGUACUUCUUCCCCGGUCCUACUCCAGAAGAAGUCACGCAGCAAUAUCUAGCCCUUAUUGGCACUCCAUUCCUACCAGCAUACUGGGCCUUAGGAUUUCAGAUUUCACGAUACGGUUAUCCGGAUCUCAAUGCUAUGAUGAGUAUCAUAGAAAGAAAUGUCAAAGCAGGAAUUCCUGUAGAUACAGUAGUAGCCGAUAUUGACUACAUGGACAGGUACAAAGAUUUCACCACAGGUGAUAAAUGGUCUGGAUUGGGAAACUAUUUGACGAAACUACACAGCCAAGGAAUGCGAUCAAUUUUGAUCUGGGAUCCAGCAAUCCAAGUGGACUACGAGUCUUUCCAAAGAGGAUUGGCUGCGAAUGCCCAUUUCAUCGAGUGGGAGAGACAAGACCAAGUGAUGCGAUCCAUCCAGGAUCUCUACCCGAUGGCAAAGAACACGAAAAUCAUGCUUGGAGUAGUGUGGCCAGAUCGUCAUGUGGCGUUCCCUGAUUUCUUUGAUGUGUCCAACAACACUGUCAACUGGUGGAUUGAUGAGUUUGUUCGCUAUCAGAAACAAGUGCCUUAUGACGGCAUCUGGAUCGACAUGAACGAGCCAUCAAACUUCGGUACAAAUGAGCCGCAUCCAUUCUAUUAUGAUAGUCCCGACCAUCCCGAUGAUGAACCCUUGAGGUGCCCUACAACUGAAGGAGGAAAGGAUGCAGAGUGGGACAUGCCACCGUACAAAACACACUCGGUCUACUAUUUUGGACAGAAUUCAUAUCUAGCGUCGAAAACUCUUUGCAUGUUGGCUGUACAAGCAAAUGGAACGCAAAGAUUUUAUAAUAUAAAGAAUCUUUACGGCCUGAGUGAAUCAAUAGCUUCACAGCAAGCCCUACACAAAGCAACCGGGAAAAGAGGGGCUGUUGUGUCAAGAUCUACCUUCCCAUCAAGUGGAAAAUAUGCUGGACAUUGGUUAGGUGACAACACCGCAACAUGGGCAGAUCUCCAGACAUCCGUAAUUGGAGCGCAAGAAUUCAAUAUGUUUGGAAUUCCUUAUGUUGGAUCGGACAUCUGUGGAUUCAACGGCGAAUCAAACGAAGAGUUGUGUCUGAGAUGGCAGCAGAUGGGGGCUUUCCAUUCUUUCAUGAGAAAUCAUAACACCGAGGGUGCAUCGCCCCAAGAUCCAGCACGAUGGCCAUCCGUAACUGCUGCUGCUAUAAAAGCCAACCUAUUCCGAUAUAGCUAUUUGCCAUACUUGUUUAGCUUGCACUUCAUUGCCUCCAUGAACGGAGGAACAGUUGUACGUCCACUUUUUUAUGAGUACCCCAAGGAUCAGGAAACCUACAAUCUGGGUCAUCAGUUCCUAUGGGGCAGUUCUAUGCUGGUUGCUCCUGUUGUUUAUCAGGGAGCUUCAACUGUAAGGGCAUAUUUACCGGAAGAUGACUGGUAUUCGUUAUUUGACAGCAACUAUGGCCAACCAAUCGAACAUGGAUAUCAGACUCUCAAUGCACCCACCACUUCACUCAUACCCGUGCUUGUGAGAGGAGGGUCAAUUUUACCGCGUCAAAAAGCCAAUGUGACCACUGCCUACACGAGGAACAACGCCUUUGAGCUGCUUAUUGCUCCAGGAUCGAAAUACAGAGCUAUCGGCAGCGCUGAAGGAUUCUUAUAUUGGGAUGAUGGAGAGAGCAUCGUUGAAUCAUUUGACACUCAUAAUUAUUUCAAGUGGCAGUUCAAGUAUUCUUCGUCAAGUGAAAGUGCUACUCUCACCAUUAAGACAGAACAACAAGCAAAAUCUUUGCCAGUUCCUACUCUCGAUACUCUUGAAAUUUUCGGCUACAGUUUCUAUCCUGAUUUCACCAGUUUCCAGCUGAAUGGCAAGAAGGUAAACAUCAACGUCCAAACAUCGUCCUACAGUCCCCACACGCAAAUACUCUACAUCUCCACCAAGAAUCUUAUUGACAUCUCAACUGGAACGAGUACAACAUUAACUUGGAAGCAUGCUGUAGCAUAUGAAAGUCGCCGGAAGGACAUAGUACAUGAAGAGUUAUUUAUCUGAUAUCAUCUGCAAAUUCUUUGAUAAAAAUUCCAAAACUUCCUCAUCUCCAUAUGCUCUGUCAGUUAUGACAACUAACUUCUAGUAUUUAUAACAUCGUUAGAAAGUCACAUAGAGUUUUCAGAAGAAAGAGAUUUUUUUGUUUCGAC